CAGAAAUUUCGCCGAGUACUAGUAUUCAAUCAUGGCGGCUAUCAUCCGACGAUUUCCCGUGCAUUUGCGUUCGAAUGCCAGACUUUUGGCACCGCUUGUCUGCAGGAAUUUUAAUACAUCUGAGAGUGAUGGAGCUGGUCAAAGCAUGUUGAGUAAACUUUUUGUGAAGCAAGUGGAACCAGCAACAGCUGCUCAUUCUAGACUUCUUGCCACAAAAGAAUAUGUUUAUGAACUACAAAUUCAUGAUGUAAAACCAGACUGUUUUGAAGAUUAUAAAGCAGCUGCAGAGCAACAUUUAAAAAACAGACACGAAGAUGGCAAUAUCCCCAGUAAAUUAUUUGGUAGUUGGAUCACAACAUUUGGACAUCAGGACCAAGCAGUUCAUAUAUGGUUGUAUGAAAAUGGAUACAAAGAUAUUAUGCAGACCAGAGCAAUGUUACUAGAAGACCCUGAAUAUGUCAAAUACAAGAAAGAGAGAUUGAAAAUGCUGGUGUCACGGAGAAAUCAAUUACUUCAAGCAUUUAGUUUUUGGGGUGAACCUGAUCCAAGGGAGCCUGGGAAUAUUUAUGAAAUGCGCAGUUACCAUCUGAAGCCUGGUACAAUGAUUGAAUGGGGCAACAAUUGGAGACGAGGUAUAGAAUGUCGUCGGGCUAAAAAUGAGAAUAUUGCUGGCCUCUUUACUCAGAUCGGUGACUUGUAUUUGGUACAUCACAUAUUUGCCUAUGAGAAUUUACAGACUCGUAAAGAAGUUCGUGAAAAUGCAUGGCAAAAACCAGGAUGGGAUCAAACUGUAGCUUAUACAGUUCCUCUGAUUCGUAAAAUGGAGUCUCGUAUUAUGCGACCAUUUGCUCACUCUCCUUUGAAAUAAAUCUGUCUGGGAAAUGACGUGAAGUGAAGUGAUGCACAUCGGCAGAAAUUUGAACAUUAAAUCUUUACCCAUAAAAAUAUAAUUUUGUAAAACCCCAUUUGUUGACAAGUAAGCACUAUUUAAUUGUGGGAUUUACUACUGUUACCUGAUUAUGUGUGGGUGUCAAUUUCCUGACGCUCUGCAUUGGAAUUUUGUUCCUUGUCUCAUCUGUAUUAAAGUGAUUUAUCUUCUAACAGUUUGAUACCAGUACUCAGUUCCAGCAUCAAAGCUGACAUUAAAUGCCAAAGUUCUUACACAUCCUAUAUUUGAAUGUAUUAUAAACAUUAAGUAAUGUAAUUUUCAUGCAUUGUAUUCUGUAAAAGUGUGAAAUUUUCACUACAAGAAAUGUUUCAGAUUUCAUAAUUUAAGAGGACAGAAUUUUGCGAAAGUCACUUGCACUCUCUUCAUUCAACCCUUUGAGCAUCAGUCAUUUUUUGUUAUCAAUUUUGAUAACUACCUAUACCCAAUAAAAAAACUGAUAUCCAUUUGAUUCAAAAUAAACAAAGAAAUUACACACACAAAUGUUGUGCUUUUGACAGGAAAAAUCAUGGUGCUCAAAAUGUAGGUAAUAAAGGACCCCAAUGAAAUUACCAUUGCUACAGUAUUGUAUUAUAUCGGUAUUGGCUUACAGUACAUUACAUGGGACCUUUGGAGGUAAUUCUCUCGUUUUUAAUGAUGUACACAACCUUUGUGAAAUCUCCACAGCUAGUACCUAGAACUUAUUUGCUUGUAGGAUGAUUACAAUCACCUUUUUUUCUUAGAAAACUAGUGUAUAUACGUCUUUAUUUGUACUUGCUUGAGGUAAUGUGUUUCUCAUGAAAUUGUAUUGAUUCAGUGUAUUGUACAGUACCACUUGUGUGAUGCUUAGUACGAGACAAGUAUACAAAUUAUAUGGUUUGUUUACAUAAAAAUUGAUAC